AUGCCUUAUUUCAAGCAGCCUAAGUACCUCCAGAGUCUGAUGCUUCUGCAAUGGCCCUUGAGCUACCUUGCCAUGUUUUGGAUCUUGCAGCCAUUUUCUGUCUACCUGCUGUUUACAUGCUUGUGGCCACUACCAGUGCUUUACUUUGCCUGGUUUUUCCUGGACUGGAAGACCCCAGAGCAAGGUGGCAGGCGUUCAGCCUGGGUAAGGAACUGGUGUGCUUGGACCCAUAUCAGGGACUAUUUUCCCAUUACGAUCCAGAAGACAAAAGACCUGUCACCUGAGCACAACUAUCUCAUGGGGGUUCAUCCUCAUGGCCUCUUGACCUUUGGAGCCUUCUGCAACUUCUGCACUGAGGCCACAGGCUUCUCGAAGAUCUUCCCAGGCAUCACCCCCCACUUAGCCACAUUGUCCUGGUUCUUCAAGAUCCCCUUUGUUAGGGAGUAUCUCAUGGCCAAAGGUGUAUGCUCUGUGAGUCAGCCAGCCAUCGACUACCUGCUAAGCCAUGGCACUGGCAACCUCGUGGGCAUCGUAGUGGGAGGGGUGGGAGAGGCCCUGCAAAGUGUGCCCAACACCACCACCCUCAUCCUCCAGAAGCGCAAGGGAUUUGUGCGCACAGCCCUACAGCAUGGGGCUCAUCUGGUCCCCACCUUCACUUUUGGAGAAACUGAGGUAUAUGAUCAGGUAAUAUUCCAUAAAGACAGCUGGAUGUACAAGUUCCAGAGGCACUUCCGCAGUAUUUUUGGUUUCUAUUUUUGUGUCUUCUAUGGACGAGGCUUCCACCAAGACUCCACGGGGCUCCUGCCAUACUCACUGCCUAUCGUCACUGUGGUUGGGGAGCCUCUGCCCCUGCCCAAAAUUGAAGAACCAAGCCAGGAAAUGGUGGAAAAAUACCAUGCACUCUAUAUGGAUGCCCUGUGCAAAUUGUUUGACCAGCAUAAGAUCCAGUAUGGCUGUUCAGAGACCCAAAAGCUGCUUUUCCUGUGA